AUGGAAUCCUCCCAUGGAAGGGGACAGGCCAUAGCUAAAGCUAUUCGCCAAAUGACUGAAGUGCUACGUACUCAGGUGGAACAAGGACAUAAUGUCAGACAAAUUAUGCCUAGAAGAGUGUUGACGCCAAAUGCUAAACCCAAGACUACAGCAAAGGCCAAGGUUUAUGCUAUUACACCAGAAGAAGUAGACCAAGAAGCUUAUGAGAUGGCAAACACGAGAUUGAUUACCGGAAUGGAUUGGUUAUAUAGGUAUUAUGCCCAGAUAGACCAUCAGAGGCAGGAAGUAGUGUUAAGGUUACCUGUACGUGAAAGGAUUUGCUAUAUGAGCAAGUUUGUUCGGCUUGAUCUGUUUACGAUAACGACUGUACAAGUUAAGAAGAGUUUGGUGAACAGGGAUAACAUCUAUCUAGUGAUUAUAAGGGACGUAAAGGAAGGACCUGAAGGAAUCGAAGGAAUCGCUGUGAUUGAGGAUUUUCCUAAGGUUUUGGCCGACGAACUACUUGUAUUUCCUCCAAAACGAGAGACAGAAUUUGUAAUUGAGCUUGAACCGGCCACAGCUCCCGUGCAUAAGGCACCCUAUCGGAUGGCCCCAACAGAAUUAAAAGAGCUUAAAGUGCAGAUUGAAGAACUUUUAGCAAAGGAUAGCUUUGUAGUGGUAUUCUUAGACGACAUAUUGGUUUACUCUCAUGAUGAGGAAGAGCAUAAGAAGCACUUGAGGAUUGUACUGGAAACAUUGCAAGAACAUCAGUUGUAUGCCAAACUUAGUAAGUGCAACUUCUGGCUUCGUGGAGUGAAAUUUUUGGGACAUGUGAUUUCUUGCAAAGGAGUGGUAGUGGAUCCUGCUAAGAUUGAUGUUGUAACGAAAUGGCAAAGGCCAACUAAUGCUCAUGAAGCUAACAUUGUAGCUAAUGCAAUUAGUCGCAAGGCUCAGACAGACUUACCAUUGGUUUUAGCAAGAUUGAGAAACCUAAUGAUUGGAGAUCCGCCACGAGAUGUCAUGUAUGAAAUUGCGCAAGAGUUCAUAGCUGUGACUGAAGAAGAAAUCCUAGAAGGACAGUGA